GUCCUCUCUACUCCAGUGGCAUGAGAGAAAACACCCCUGAUGAUGCCUAGGUGAUCUCUAAUGGCUCCCCCAAUGCCUGCAGGCCCUGGCAAGCCUCUAGCCGCUCCAUCGAAUACAGAAAAAUGUGUUCGAAUAAGCUGUCCAAUCCAUAGCUUGCGAGAUAAUCUGAAGAGAAAUAUGAAAUCCCACCAUCAUCCAUCUUACCUCAUCAAAAUGAAAAAAGGGUCAUGGAUAAUCCAGUUUUCUCUUCCAGUAUAUGGUCCUCCAUCUUGUGCAAUCAUUAUUUAACUGCUUUAGCUACCCCAUUUUUUUCCCUUCUUGACCUUCUACUACACUGCUUCGAAAACCCUGAGAAAACUUACCCUGCUUCCCUGUCCGAAUAGAAUGGCUGAAGGUGAACGGUCAGCCUUUCUUGCAGCCAAAAGGCAUGCAGUUGUAACAGGAGCAAACAAGGGAAUUGGUUUUGAGCUAUGCAGGAACCUGGCGUCAAAAGGGAUCAUGGUAGUUUUGACUUCUAGAGAUGAGAAAAGGGGACUUGAAGCUGUUGCAAAAUUGAAAGAUUCUGGUCUGUCUGCUCAUGUAGUAUUUCAUCAACUUGAUGUAACAGAUCCUUCUAGUAUUGCUUCCCUUGCAGAUUUUGUCAAAGCUAAAUUUGGGAAACUUGAUAUCUUGGUUAACAAUGCUGGGAUUUUUGGAGCGAUUCUACAUCCACAGGCUUUUGCCACAGCUACUGAACUUGCUGGUUACUUUCCAACUGAAGAGCGAGCCAAAGAGUAUGAGAUUGGAACUCAAACUUUUGAGUUGGCGGAAGAAUGCUUGAAAACCAACUACUAUGGUGCAAGAAGAAUGGUUGAAGCAUUUGUUCCCCUUCUCCAGUUAUCUGACUCACCGAGAAUUGUCAAUGUUUCCUCUAUUAUGGGGUUAUUGAAGAAUAUACCCAGUCAGUGGGCUAAGGAAGGAUUAAGUGAUGUCGAAAGUCUUACAGAGGAUCGAGUGGAUGAAGUUUUGAAGCAGUUUCUUAAAGAUUUUAAAGAAGGAUCAUUAAAAGCUAAAGGUUGGCCUACGUAUUUCUCUGCCUAUACACUCUCUAAAGCAGCAAUGAAUGCCUACACAAGGAUUCUGGCCAAGACGUACCCAAGUUUCCUUGUUAAUUCCAUUGGCCCAGGCUUUGUGAAAACUGAUAUAACUUGCAAUAUUGGGGUCCUAACUGCUGCUGAAGGAGCUGAAAAUGUUGCCAGGCUAGCACUGCUGUCAAAUGAUGGGCCUUCAGGCCUUCUUUUCAUCAGGAAGGAAGUCUCAUGUUUUUAAAGAGUAUGAUUCCUUCCAAUCUUGUAGAUGAAGAUGAAAUCUACAGUUAGCUAUGUGUAAAACAAAUUGUAGCCUUUACUGUCAUCGAGAUUCAUGUUUUAUGGCAUCGAAACCUUAAUAAUUCUGGAAAUAAAAGGAUUUUGUAGUUUAUAUAA